AUGAAGUACGCGAUCGCUCUCCCGCUUCUUGCUACCACCGUUCUUGCGGCGCCUUUCUUGGAGGAGCGUCAAGAUAGCUGCACCAUUCCGGCCUCUUUCCCCAGCACGACGAACGCUAAAUUGCCCGACCCCUUCACCUUCUUCAGCGGGAAAAAGGUCGCCUCUCUCGCGGACUGGCAAUGCCGUCAGAAGGAACUUUCCGCUGCCAUUCAGGCACAAGAGCUGGGUACUAUGCCCCCUAAGCCUUCUAGCGUUACUGCGACUGGGUCGGGAACUUCCUUGUCCAUCACCUCGACUGAAGGAGGAAAGUCUGUUUCCUUCUCAGUUACGAUCAAGAAGCCAAGUGGAACAGGCCCGUUCCCAGCCAUCAUCGCAUUCGGCGGUGCCAGUAUCCCAAUUCCGGCCGGUGUCGCCACCAUCACCUUCAACAACGAUCAGGUCGGUUCUCAAGCGAGCUCGAGCAGCCGUGGACAGGGCAAAUUCUUCGAUCUGUAUGGAUCUGGUCACAGUGCUGGUGCGCUCACUGCUUGGGCAUGGGGUGUGGACCGCAUCAUCGAUGGUCUUGAGCUUGUCGAUACCGGCAUUGAUCCCAAGCGCGUUGGUGUUACGGGCUGCUCCCGAAAUGGAAAAGGCGCCAUGAUUGCUGGCGCUCUCGUUCCCCGUGUGGCCCUCACCAUUGCUCAGGAAUCUGGUUCUGGUGGUGCUGCUUGCUGGCGUAUCUCGGACUCGGAGAAAGCUGCUGGCAAGAAUAUUCAGACUUCUGGUGAAAUCAUCGGCGAGAACGUUUGGUUCUCCAAGAACUUCAACACCUUUGCGACCAAGUCGUCAACUCUUGCUACCGAUCAUCACGAACUCGCCGCUUUGAUCGCUCCCCGUGGCUUUAUCUCCAUCGAAAACGACAUUGACUGGCUCGGCCCUGUCAGCACCACGGCUUGCAUGAAGGUCGGCCGUAUGAUCUAUAAGGCGGUGGGUGCUGCAGACAAUAUGGGUUUCUCUCUUGUUGGUGGCCACUCUCAUUGCCAGUUCCCGUCCUCCCAAAACACCGAGCUCAACGCCUUCAUCGACAAGUUCUUGCUCGGCAAGAGCACGAGCACUGCCGGCGUGGAGAAGAGCAGCGCCAAUGCUGAUCCCGCCAAAUAUAUUGACUGGACCGCCCCAACACUCUCAUAG